AUGUCCGUUACGCUAACCACAGACUCCGACUGCAUCAAUUCAAUCAAUGAUGAUCGAAAUCAACAACAUCGUCCGAGCCUAUGGUCUCAACUUGGUUGCUGUUAUCCUGUCCGAUCUUUACGGGACUGUAGAAGUAUUCGAUUUAUUUCGCAAUGCCUUCAUGCAUCCAUAGCCCUUACUUUUGUUGUUGUUGGUAUGAUUGAAUUUAUACGUCGCCGGCCACUUUUUGAUGCCUUAGCCAAUCAUGAAUUACCUGAGCGAAUAUUUGUUCGAGAAUUUCUACAAUCAGACAACACAUUUAGACGAUUUACUGACGCUCCAAUAUUGCUCUUUUUCUUCUUCUACUUUGGUGUGUGCUCUUGGAAUCGCUUUACUGGUCGAUCAAGUUGGUUAAUGACAAUUUCAUUAAUUUUUACUACUCUCAUCUAUCUAUAUAUUAAUUUAUGGAAUCAGCACGAUUUCGACUGGAAAUAUUUUAAAACUCGUUUCAAUGGUAUUUUUGUACAAAUCUAUUCCAUUUCUUUUACUAUGGCCCUAGUUUUAACAACAUUCCUCACUAAAAGGCGACGAUUACCUUUUAAAUUUAAAGCACAUUUUCCCCUGUAUACCUAUAGCAAUGCUCAUGUUAUCUGGAAUUUAGUAGCAUUAUUUGUGGUUACAUCAACUUGUCUUAUCUUUUGGACUAGUCGGUUAUAUAUUUCCUGGGUAUGCGUUGAAUCUUUGUGGAAAAUUUCACUCUUAUGCCAAGUAACUCCAUCUGUUCAAUGCUACUUAUGUGAUCAAUGUGUUGAUGCAGAAUUGAAACGAUGCGCUGAUAAUGCAUCCAAUAUAGCGCUACACUGCUAUCAUCCAAUAUCAGCCGAUAUUGCCGACAAGAGCGCAUUCUGCACAUUUAACUAUAACAUUGGUAUAUUAACUUUUAUUACAGUUUUUGCUUACGUCGGUGGUUUAUGGGUAUUUCUGCAUGGUUUUUUAAGUGCAUUUUUGCAUUAUACGGUUAUCUUGGGUAGGUAUAUCUGGCAGAAAGCUAGAAAGAAAUUUGGCACCAAACGAUCCGGUGUUUUUCUAUUCGAAAAUGAUCAUCUCGAUGUGGUAGGCAAUCUUGAUGAUGAUUCCAAUACAUUUAGCGAGAGUUCACUAUUGAAUGAUCGUGACCUCAGUUGCAGUCAGAACUCAACUAUUAAUUGUAAUCAUGAUGUAACUAGUAAAACUAAUAAUAAUUGUUCGGAAAACGAAUCAUUAAUCAUUCCAGAACUAUCAUGCAAAAGUACCAAAGCGGUGUUUAGUGUUAGCUAUAAUGCCAAGUAUUAA